AUGGCUGCGGUGGACGGCAUGCCCACCUUUGGAGCCGAGCUCAAGGAUGGGUUCAAACCAGCCAGCGCCUGGGUAUCCCACGGCAUAGCAUGGCUCGAAGACAUCCAGCAGUUCUACCGCGAGCGAUCGGCCAUCGAAAAGGAAUACAGCGCCCGGCUCAGCGCGCUCGCCAAGAAGUAUUUCGAGAAGAAGAAUAAGCGGUCAUCGUCGCUGAGCGUCGGGGACACGCCGAGCAUGACGCCCGGUUCCCUCGAGAGCGCCUCCGUCACCACCUGGGCAACCCAGCUCACGACGCUCGAGUCUCGCGCCGCCGAGCAUGACAGCUACGCCAACGGCCUCCUGACCGAUGUCGCCGACCCUCUCAAGCACUACGCCGCCCGCUUCGAGGAGCUCAGGAAGCGCCACAUCGAGUAUGCCGACAAGCUCGCGGCCGAGCGCGACGCCUCCUACGCCGACCUGCGCAAGGUCAAGACCAAAUACGACGCGACCUGCCAGGACGUCGAGGCGAAGCGCAAAAAGUCCGAGUCGCAGCACGACAAGGCCAAGGCCCAGAGCGCCUAUCAGCAGCAGAUCAUCGACAUGAACAACGCCAAGAACACGUACCUCAUCGCCAUCCACGUCACGAACCGGCAGAAGGAAAAGUACUAUCACGAAUACGUUCCCGAGGUCAUGGACAGCCUGCAAGACCUCAACGAGUUCCGCACCCUCCGUCUCAACGAGCUGUGGACGGCGGCGACGAAGCUCGAGGGCGACAUGCUGCAGCAGAGCCACGGCAUGGAGGACCGUCUGGUCCAGGAAAUUUCCCGCAACGCGCCGCAUCUCGAUUCCGUCAUGUACAUGCGCCACAAUAUGGGUGGCUUCCAGGAACCCGCCGAAAGGGAGUUCGAGGCGAGUCCGGUAUGGCACGACGACGACGUCAUGGUCGUCGACGACACGGCCAAGAUUUACCUCCGCAACGUCCUCGGCAAGUCCAAGUCGCAGCUCAGCGAGCUGCGGAGGGAGGUGGACAUGAAGCGGAGGGAGGUGGAGAACGUGAAACGACAGAAGCAACGAGUCCGGGACGGCACCGACGACGGCGACGAGGUCGAGGUCGUCCGGAACCUCUUUGCCCUGCAAGAGGACCUGCACAGCGUCGACCGACGACGGCUGACCGCCGAGGUCGAGGUGUCUACCAUCACCUCGGUCGUCGGUGACGUCACGCUCGGGGCCAAGAACCACAACUUCAAAAGCCAGACGUUCAAGAUCCCGACCAACUGCGACCUCUGCGGCGAGCGCAUCUGGGGCAUCAGCGCCAAAGGCUUCGACUGCCGGGACUGCGGCUACACCUGUCACGGGAAGUGCGAGAUGAAGGUGCCUGCCGACUGCCCCGGCGAGCAGACCAAGGAGGAGCGUAAAAAGCUCAAAGCCGAGCGCCAGACGACGGCGAACAAGCUCCUCUCGCCAGACACGACCGCCCCCGCCCACGUGGCCGAGCUGCCGGACCUGACGCGAUCCAACACGAUGAACUCGCUGAGUUCGCAAUCCGCCAGACGAGUCUCCGGCCGCCUGACGCCGGCGGAUGAGGCGCCGGCCGGCGCGGAUGGAGCCCCGAGCCCGGGCCCGAGGCCAAACCCGGCCGUCCCACCGGCCACGAGUGCGCCCGCCGGCGUCAAGAGGAACCGAAUCGUGGCACCACCCCCGGCCGGUUAUGUCACCGAGCUUCCCGGCAACGGCAUGAACGGCGGAAACAAGGAGGAGAAGAAGGGCAAGAUGCUCUACUCGUUCGAGGGCAGUGGUGACGGCGAACUGACGGUGCAAGAGGGACGGGACGUUGUUCUGCUGGAGGCCGAUGACGGCUCCGGAUGGCUCAAGGUCCGCGCCGGUUACAAGGAAGGACUCGUCCCGGCCACGUACGUCGAGCUCACCGCCGCGCCACCGCCGACCCUCGUCGCUCCUCGUCCCUCGUCGACGUACUCCAACUCGACAACCUCCUCUGCCGGGCCGGGCACGGCUUCCAACACGGCGCUCGCCAAGAAGAAGGGCCCAGCCGUCGCGCCGCGGCGAGGCGCCAAGAAGUUGCGCUAUGUCGAGGCCUUGUACGAGUACACGGCCCAGAGCGAGGCUGAGCACUCCAUGGCCGAGGGCGAGCGCUUCGUCCUCGUCAAGGAGGACCCCGGCGAUGGUUGGGCCGAGGUCGAGAAGGCUGGCGUCACGGCCAGCGUACCGGCGAGCUACGUCCGCAUUGUCUAA